AAAAACGGGGGGGAAAGAAAAAGAAACACGCACAAAACACACUAAAACGAAGGGAGGAGUCUGCGCUUGCUCACUGACUCCUGGUUCCGACUGAAAUGAUGAUGAUGAGGAUGAUCCACAAUCCUAGCUGCCAUUUUCGAUGAAAUGGAACAAAAUGAAUGCCACCACCAUCGCCAUUUUCAACUUCUCCAACAACCCACUCUUCUCCUCCUCCCCCUUCUUCUUGUUGAAUGUUGAGUAAUCACCACUCUUUCCUAAAUCAAACGUUGUCGUUUGGUUUACCCACCGCACCCUUUCCUUUUCAACGACCAUGAUCAGCUCCCUUAAACCCCUCCUUGGAUCUCAGCCGCAGAUCCACCACCGUCUUAGCUCUCUCUCUCCUCCCGCUCUCUCUUCUUCUCUCUCUCAUGGACCCUGCUACCUCUCGCCCUGCUGUCGUCAUCGACAACGGCACCGGGUAUACUAAAAUGGGCUUUGCUGGAAAUGUAGAGCCGUGUUUCAUAGUGCCAACAGUAGUAGCAGUGAAUGAUUCGUUUGUGAACCAGUCUCGGGCGGCUUCCACAAAGAGCAAUAAUUGGUUAGCCCAGUAUAGCGCUGGGGUGAUGGCGGAUCUGGAUUUUUGUAUAGGGGAAGAAGCGCUAUCUAGAUCUAAAUCUAAUACUACUUAUAACCUUAGUUAUCCAAUUAAGCGCGGCCAAGUUGAUAAUUGGGAUGCAAUGGAAAGGUUUUGGCAACAGUGUAUAUUCAAUUACCUAAGAUGCGAUCCUGAAGAUCAUUACUUUUUGUUGACUGAAAGUCCAUUGACUGCGCCUGAGAGCCGGGAAUAUACUGGUGAGAUUAUGUUUGAAACGUUCAACGUUCCGGGGCUUUACAUUGCGGUGCAGCCGGUGCUGGCUUUAGCUGCAGGGUACACCACAUCCAAGUGUGAGAUGACUGGUGUUGUAGUGGAUGUUGGCGAUGGGGCUACUCAUGUUGUUCCUGUUGCUGAGGGUUAUGUGAUUGGGAGCAGCAUUAAGUCAAUUCCUGUCUCAGGGAGAGAUGUCACUCUCUUCAUUCAACAGCUCAUGCGGGAAAGAGGAGAGCAUGUUCCUCCAGAGGAUUCCUUUGAAGUAGCGCGAAAAGUGAAGGAAGCAUAUUGUUAUACUUGUUCAGAUAUUGUCAAGGAGUAUAAUAAACAUGACAAGGAGCCAGCAAAGUACAUCAAACAGUGGAGAGGUAUCAAACCAAAGACUGGGGCACCUUACUCAUGCGACAUUGGUUAUGAAAGAUUUCUUGGCCCUGAGGUCUUCUUUAACCCUGAGAUUUACAGCAGUGAUUUUACAACCCCUUUGCCGGAUGUCAUUGACAAAUGUAUCCAGUCUGCUCCAAUAGACACAAGGAGGGCUUUGUACAAGAACAUUGUUUUGUCUGGAGGAUCAACCAUGUUCAAGGACUUCAAUCGAAGGUUGCAACGAGAUCUAAAGAAAAUUGUUGAUGCUCGUCUGCUCUCAUCAGAUGCUCGCCUAGGUGGAGAAGUCAGAGCACAACCAGUGGAAGUCAAUGUUGUCAGCCAUCCAAUCCAGAGAUAUGCCGUCUGGUUUGGAGGCUCUGUACUUGCCUCUACCCCUGAAUUUUUUGCAGCUUGUCAUACAAAGGCUGAGUAUGAAGAGUGUGGGGCAAGCAUAUGCAGAACGAAUCCUGUUUUCAAGGGGAUGUAUUGAUAUGAACACCAUGGGUCCAAUUAUGUUGAUGGCAUUUCCUGGUCCAGGUAUUUCAAGCAAAAGGCUUUUUGAAAUUUGAACCUUGCGUAUUUCUGGGUUUUCCCUCUGGAAAUUCACAAGUCAAAGUGCCUUUUGACGUGUGCUUGACUGAUCCGGUUGCCGGAGGCAGUGUACAAUAGACUUUCGGUCAGAAUUGUAACAAAAGUACGAGGUUCUUGUAUUCUUUCAAACAGUUUCUGGGAGCCAGUAGAAAGCACUGGUUGUCUGUUAUUGGUGGGCCUAAGCUGGCAAUUAUGCAUUGGACUGGUUCCUGAAUUGUUCGGACACCAAUAACUGAGGUGGAUUCUACUCUGAGAGUGCUGGUUAGCUGAGUUCUAUAGGAAGUAUAUCAUCUUGUUUUAGAAGGACAAUAAUUCAUAUGUUUUGGUGUAGGUUUUUUUUUUUUUUUUUUUUAAAUUCAUUUCAAUUGUUUAGAACUCACUCUAUAGGGUCACCGGUUGUAUUAGAAUUUUGGUUUGAAAUUGUCUUCCAUACUUGUAAAUUCAGGGUUGAGAUUUUAAAAGUUUUCCGUAACCUUGUACACUUUAA